CGUCGCUCCUGUGACGCGGCGCCUGCAUCCGCGCACGGCUGCACCGCGGCAGCAGCUCGCAGACGCGUUUCCGCCGCCGUCGUUAUCACAGCGAGCCCCUCGUACGCGCCAGAGAUGGAGACCAAACCGGUCAUCACCUGCCUCAAAACCCUGCUCAUCGUCUACUCCUUCGUCUUCUGGAUAACAGGAGCCAUCCUGCUGGCGGUGGGAGUAUGGGGGAAGCUGAUGCUGGGCCCGUACAUCUCCCUGAUCGCCGACAACUCCACCAACGCGCCGUACGUCCUCAUCGGCACCGGCACCGUCAUCAUCGUCUUCGGCCUGUUCGGAUGCUUCGCCACCUGCAGAGGAAGCCCGUGGAUGCUGAAGCUGUACGCCAUGUUUCUCUCGCUCGUCUUCCUCGCUGAGCUGGUGGCGGGAAUCUCCGGAUUCGUGUUUCGCCACGAGAUCAAGGGAACCUUCCACCGGACGUACACGGAGGCGGUGCAGAAGUACGACGCCGUGGACGAGGCCAGCCGCGCCGUGGACAACCUGCAGCACAGGUUGCGCUGCUGCGGCGUCUACAACUACACCAGCUGGUUCUCCAGCGUGUACUACCCCACCAAGGGCAUUCCCGCCAGCUGCUGCUUCAACGCCUCCGACUGCAACGAAGACGACCUGCGCAACGCGACCAUCGCCCCCUCCAAAGUCUACCACCAGGGCUGCUACGAACUGGUCACUUCCUUCAUGGAAACCAACAUGGCCAUUAUUGCGGGAGUGACAUUUGGCAUCGCCUUCUCACAACUGAUCGGCAUGCUGCUGGCCUGCUGUCUGUCCAGGAUCAUCACAGCCAACCAGUAUGAGAUGGUCUAGCUGAUGGGACGUGGCAGGUGAGCCCAGCGUGUGAUGAGUCUGUUACUGGGAGAUGAAGAAGAAGAAGCAACAAGCCUUUUAACACAUGACAAGAGCAAAUUCCCGAAACCUUAUCACGUGUCCGAAUCGGAUUUGACCUCCCUCCGUCUCUCUGCCUCUGAUCUCAGUGUAAUAUCCAUGUAUCUAACUGUAAAGCACCAUUCCUCCACUCAUCGCCGCUGCAUCCCAGCUUCCCAUGCCACGCGUCGCGCUGCUGCUUGAUGUAGACGUUAGCUCAUUAGCGCGUCAUCCGGGGCCGGGCCCGCGGUCCCAGCCGACGGCGGCGCCGGUCCCGGAGGCGCUCGGGUGCAGCUGGGCCUCGCGGCCGGUUGCAGCAUGCGCCAGUGCUCAUCCUUGUACAGUCACAUCACUACAGCGUAGAAGGAACACUGCAAUAGACAGGCUUAGUUUGAAUUAGCUCCUCCUCACCUCUGUAUAUUCCUAUGGUCGUGAACUGGUUACGUCUACUGAGUGUGGUAGUUUAUGUUUAUAUGAAAAUGAGGAAAAUGGAGAUUAUUUUUAGAUUCAUAGUAUUUUUCAUCUAAAUAUUUAAUUAAAUUAGUUUCACUUAAAAUAGUGAAUUCAGUAUCAUUUAAAGCUUUAAUCUAGAUUAAAAACGUAAUCACAAUCGUCUCAAAACUAAAGCGGGUGACCUAGUUGUGUAGUAAACAAUCGCUACUGCAUCAUGUUUAAUAUUCAGGCGUUCUUUAGGCUCCGGAGCCAAAGGGGGGAGUCGUCCGAACGGCGGCAGCCAGAGGAGCUGCUACCUGUUCCACACAGCCGUGCACGUGUGUGUGUGUGUGGGGGGGGGGGGCUCAGUUGUCAGAUGAAAAGCGCAGCGUGGGGAGAAGCUCUGUGAGGAGCCAAACGAGGAUGCAGGCGAACGCUUGAGCCCUGACAACCGUUUACUUUGAAGUUGUGUGGAACAGGACCACAGUUCGGAUGCUCAUUGAUGUGAUUUGAAGCAUAAUAACGACUUAGCCGAAUUGAAGGAUCUCAAUUAAUUAUUAUUUUGUUAAUGCUUUGUUUUCCGAUGGGAAGUAAAGCGGUCUGUUUCUCACCCACCUGUGUUUAUUUAGUGUUUCCAGUAACCUGUGUGGUGCUUUAACGCCUCCAUCAUCACCUCACCCUCAUCUGUAGAUAUGCCCUGGAAAUGUAAUUUAUAUGAUGUAACGUUUCUCAUUCUCUUACGCUAAUUACUCUAAGUGUUGUGUCAGCGUUUUUGAUUCCGCACGUUGUGCUGUUAAUCGGUAUUUGUUCGAUCGUUUGUAGAAAAAUCGCACUGGAAAAAUAAUCGUGGCCAACGUUUUGUUGAGAGUAACGUGCAAGUAGCUGUGUAUUUAUUAUGGUUUGGCUGACGUUGCGUUUACAGGCUCACCAAGUGAUAGAAACGUGUGUGAUUUUGUUUUUGUUUUUUUUCAUCUGACUUUCCACUGGAAUGUGAAUUUUCUUUGUAUGACAAGGUGUGUGUGUGUGUGUGUGUGUGUGUGUGUGCGUGCGUGUGUGUGUUCACCCUGUCGUAUUAACUUUUGGUCAGUGUUUUGUUGUGGCUUUUAAAAACCUUAUUGCUUUUAAAGCUGUGCAUUUAUUUAGUGAAUGUAUGUUUUCCAGCACCUGAAACUUAUUUCUCCUUCCCUUCCUUCAUGUAAAUACUAAAUUGUAAUACCAUCCAGCUUACACUUGGGGUCACUAGACACUCAAAAUGAAUUGCACCAUGCUGUCUACUAUUGACUAAGUCACCAUCAGUGGUCUUAUUAUCAAUAAAUAUAUGAAUAACA